GUGCGCGCGGCAUGAUGGACGCCCUGGGUGUAAGCCGGGUGAGCCAGGACCAGCUCACCAUAUUGAAACCCUCCGGCUCCAUCAAGAUCGUGGAGGACAGCCCCAUGGACGAUGAUGUCAGGGCCGGGGGCAGCAGAGCAGGGGCGGGCGAGGACGCAUCAGCGAGCAUGUCCCGGGCGCGCUCUGUGUUUCUCAACGCCGUUCUCUCAGAGCCCGAGGUGGUCGCCCUCAGAGAAGCAGAGAUGGAGGUGGCAGCAGCAGGCAAGGGGGUGACGGCAGCAGCGGAGGAGGCGCAGAGGGAGGUGGAGGAGGACGAUGCGCCGGGGCGCAUAGGCGAGGAGAAGCUGUUCAGCAACAUGAUGCACGACGAAUGGCUCGAAUACCUCUACGAAGAAAUCCUCCUGCUCCGGAUCGAGCGCCAGAACGAGCUGCUGGCGAACCAGCAGCAGACCGCCAUCUCCCGCCGCGGAGGGAGCGACGGGGGGCCUGCAGAAGGGGAGGACGCAGCGGGGGCAGGCAGGGGCGCGGGGGGGAAAGGAGUGGCUGGUGGUGUGGAGAGGGGGGCAGGGGGGAGGGGAGAAGGUGCGGGACGGAGUGGAGGUGCGGGGAGUGGUGGGAGGGGAGGGGGCAGAGGGCCUGGGGAGGGGGAGAAACGCGAGAAGGGAUCGCCUGGCCUAAGUGGAGCGGGGGACAGCGAGAAGGGCGUGCGUGGGCCGAGGUGCCCGGUGCCCAUAUCGCUGCCGGUGUUUGAACCCACGGCCCACCCGCCCUCGCCCAUGUGCUCCGCUGCCAUGACGCCCAUCUUCCACCGCGCCUCCCACCUCGGCCCCAACCACCACGACGACUCCCCUUUCCCCUCCUCCUCCUCCUCCUCCUCCUCGUCCUCACACACCCCUCACGCGGCCCAUCACGCACCCUACUCGUCGUCCGUGCUGCCCCCCAUCACCCCACGCACCACACGCUUUACCCCUCGGGCCUCUGCCUUUUCCAUCGCCUCCUCCACCCCCACCGCCUCCGUUUCGCCAAACCUGAAAGCGGCAACCGCAUUGAACUCCUCUACACAGGUCCCGACCCUGCUGCUCCACCGGCCCUCCCAGGCUGCGUCUGGGUUGUCCCACGCUGUGCCAGCCGCCCCUUCUCCUUCCACCAUCACAGAUGCCCUCAGUGCCACACACGCGACACACUCCCCGUCCUCCUCCCCUCUGCACCCGGCUGUGGUAGCAGCAGGUGGGGGCGCAGGCUUGGCCGGGGGGAGGGUAGCAGGGAGGGUUGGGGCAGUGGGGAUGCGGCGGCAGCGGCACAGGAGGGUGGUGACGAUUGGGUCAAGUGUGGAUCUGGCAGAGCUGAGGGAGGAGGCAGCACGGCUGGACCGGUCCAGUGGGGUGGAGGCAGCUAUGGUGGCUGCUGAGGCUGCUGUGUCGGGCGGCAGGCAGAUGAUGCGCAUGUGGGAGCGGAUGAGACGAAUCAUGCCGUCCGCUGGCGGAGUGGACGUUGAGGACCCUACCCAGUCUGCCUCCCCGGGGUCACACCCGCACCUGGACGACCAUGCCCCUGACAGCGGCACCCCACAUCAUCAUCACAACCAGCAUCACCAUGCGCAGCAGCAGGCGGGGCAGGGGGAGCAGCAGUUGCCAGUGGUGGGCCCGGAGCUGCUGGCAGCGCUGGCCAAGGGGAAGGUGAAGGGCGAGCAGCGCGCCAAGACAUGGCUCGCCAUUGCCUGUGCUGACCCCGAGGAUGAGAUCAUGAGUCGUCGCAACUACCGCAACCUCCUCAAGCAGCCAUCCGUCUCCGCCAAUGAGAUACAGCGGGAUGUGAACCGCACGUUUCCACUGCACAGCAUGUUCCAGGAGGAGAAGGGCGCGGGGCAGAAGGCACUCUUCAACGUCAUUAAAGCCUACUCCGUGUUGGACAAGGAGGUGGGGUACUGCCAGGGCAUGGGGUUCAUAGUGGCGACGCUGCUGCUGCUCAUGGGCGAGGAGGACGCCUUCUGCUGCCUCGUCUUCCUGCUCUACAAGUGCGGCCUCCGAGGAGUCUUCCUGCCCGACAUGCAGCAGUUGCAAGUGCGCAUGUACCAGCUAUCACAGCUGCUCAUAGACGCGCACCCGGAAGUGCACGCAUACUUUGAGGAGCUCGAUGUCAAGCCUGUGAUGUAUGCAGCGGACUGGUUCCUGUCGCUCUUUGCUCGCACCAUGCCGCACUACAUUGUCUUCCGUGUCUUUGACAUCAUCUUUGCGGAUAAGACAACGGCCAUAGUCUUCAAGCUUGGCAUGGUGCUGCUGCAGGUGUGUGAGCGGCAGCUGCAGCAGUGUCCGGAGAUGGAGUAUGCCAUGCACUUCCUGCGCGUCGAGCUGCCGCUGCAACUCAAGGAGGUAUCAGAGGAUUAUCUGGAGGAGCUAGUGAGCAAGGCCCUGCGCGUGCACCUGCCCUUUGACAGCCUGCUGCGACUCGAAGCUGAGUACGAGUUGCUGGCGGGGGAGGCGGCGGCAGCAGCGCGGCAUGUGAGGGCGGCAGCAGCAGCGAGUGAAGCAGCAGCGCGGUCACUGGAGUGCACGCGCAGGGACCUGGAGGUUCGCCUGCACCACGCCCUCAGGGCGCGCAAGCAAUCACAUGAGCUGGCUGCAGUUUUCAAGGCAGCUAUAGCAGGCCUGCAGCGGGGGGGCGACAAGAGUGGCACAUCAGAGCAGAGCACACAGCACAGCGGGAAAAGGCAGGAGCAGGAGCUGGAGCACACAGCUUUGAAUGGCCAUGAGCCUGAGACAGCCUCUGAGAAUGUGACAGCAAAUGCCGCGAGUUCUGCUGCUGCUGAUGAUGCUGCAGCUUCGGUUGCCCCUGGUGGUGGUGGCACAGCAGAGACAGCAGCACUGGCCGUGGACCAAGCAGGGCCGAACAGCGAGACAAGAGGUGGCGGCAUGCGUGGGCGAAGUGUUGUGAGGGUGAGCAGCAGGAGCAGCAACGAGGAAGCAUUGGAUCUAGCAGUGCGGUACUUUGAGUGGAAGGAGUGGAGCGAGGUGGCCGGUAACACAGCAACUGUGGCGGUGCUGCGGCAGGUGGAGGAGGCGAGGCACGCGUGCCAUGAGACACUCACAGCGCUGGCAGCAGCUGAAGUGGCCCUGGCAGAGAGGGCGGAGCAGGUGGCGCAGGAGGGAGAGGGGGAGCGAGUGAUGCAGGAGAUGGUGGUGGUGUUGGAGGAGGGUGAUGAGGGGGGCCAUGGUGACGAGUUCUACUGA